UUGGAGGCAGAAAGAGGGGCGGGGCCAACUUGGACCUAGCGUGGACGGGAUGAGACGGUCAGAGAACAGGCUCUCCGUGACGUCAGCAGUCUUCCUGAAAGUCAACAACUAUAUCGGCGGCGUGAGAGGACAGGAGGCUCAGCGACGGCUGGCAGGGGGUGAGGCAUCAUCGCGCUUUGCUUUGGCUGAGUCACUGCUGAGGAGUGGGAAGGUCUGAAGAGUGAGAGAGAAGCGCCAGAAGGAGGGGGAUAGCCUGCUCCAUAACAGCUUCCACAGGAGAGAGCGCGAACGAGAGAGAGACACGACAAGCAAAGCGACAUAUAGAGAGAGACGAGAGGGAGAGCACCAGGCAGGGAGGGAGUGAGACGCUGACCCCUCCUCUCCCCUCUUCCUCUCCUCUCCUUCUUUCCUCCCCCCCCCUCCCUCCUCGCUCGUUCUGGAGCUGGCGUGUUGGAGUGGAGGGCACACCGUGACGGAGGCAUCAUGAGCGAUGUCACCAUCGUCAAAGAAGGCUGGGUGCAAAAGAGGGGUGAAUAUAUCAAGAAUUGGAGACCACGCUACUUUCUACUAAAAACCGAUGGAUCCUUCAUUGGGUACAAGGAGAAGCCACAGGACGCAGACCUCCCCUACCCCCUCAAUAACUUCUCCGUUGCUAAAUGCCAGCUGAUGAAAACCGAACGGCCAAAGCCCAACACGUUCAUUAUCAGAUGUCUACAGUGGACCACAGUUAUUGAAAGGACCUUCCAUGUGGACACUCCAGAGGAAAGGGAUGAGUGGACAGAAGCGAUCCAGAUGGUGGCUGAUAAACUCCAAAGACAGGAAGAGGAGCGGAUCCAGUGCAGUCCCACCUCUCAGAUAGACAACAUCGGAGAGGAGGAGAUGGACAUCUCCAUCAGUCACCAUAAACGCAAGACAAUGAAUGACUUUGACUAUUUAAAACUACUGGGAAAAGGCACUUUUGGUAAAGUCAUUCUUGUAAGGGAGAAGGCCAGUGGGAAGUACUACGCAAUGAAGAUUUUGAAGAAAGAGGUUAUUAUUGCAAAGGACGAAGUGGCUCACACGCUCACCGAGAGCCGAGUGCUGAAAAACACCAGACACCCCUUCUUAACUUCUUUGAAGUACUCAUUCCAGACUAAAGACCGCCUCUGCUUCGUGAUGGAGUACGUCAAUGGAGGAGAGCUGUUUUUCCAUUUGUCGAGAGAACGGGUGUUCUCAGAGGACCGCACGCGCUUCUACGGCGCCGAGAUCGUCUCUGCCCUCGACUACCUGCACUCCACCAAGAUAGUGUACCGGGAUCUCAAGUUGGAGAAUCUCAUGCUUGAUAAAGAUGGCCACAUUAAAAUCACAGACUUUGGUCUGUGUAAAGAAGGAAUCACUGAUGCUGCUACUAUGAAGACGUUCUGUGGAACACCAGAGUACCUGGCACCUGAGGUGCUGGAGGAUAAUGAUUAUGGCCGGGCAGUAGACUGGUGGGGUUUGGGUGUGGUGAUGUAUGAGAUGAUGUGUGGCAGACUGCCCUUCUACAAUCAGGACCAUGAGAAGCUUUUCGAGCUCAUCCUUAUGGAGGACAUCAAGUUCCCCAGGACGCUGUCAGCCGACGCCAAGUCUCUGCUGUCAGGCCUGCUCAUCAAAGACCCUAACAAGAGACUUGGCGGAGGUCCAGAUGAUGCUAAAGAAAUAAUGCGACACAGUUUCUUUGCUGCAGUUGACUGGCAAGAUGUUUAUGAUAAAAAGCUGAUACCUCCCUUUAAGCCUCAGGUGUCGUCAGAGACAGAUACCAGAUAUUUUGACGAGGAGUUCACGGCACAGACGAUUACAAUAACUCCCCCUGAAAAAUUUGAUGAAGACGGUAUGGACUGCAUGGAUAACGAGCGGCGGCCGCACUUCCCUCAGUUCUCCUACUCGGCCAGUGGGAGAGAGUGAGUCCCACACAGCCAGCACUGCCUCAUCAUCAUCAUGCUUACCACUGGAACAGACUAGUCCUUCAGCUUUUACCCAGUCAGACUUAGCCCAAACAAAGCUCCCCUUCUCCACUGGGACUCUCUUCAUCAUGCUCUACACAGGCCAAGAGCUCCAGGACACGCUUGGCUUUUAAUGGUAAUGGGAAUUUUGCACGUCGGGCUGAGCUGAAGUCCAGUCCGCUUAAACGCCCCAGGCUGCUCUGGGAGAACAACUGUGGUGUUUGUUUACUUUUGUGUGUUUAAUUUUCUCUGUGUGAGUGUGUUUGUUUUGGUUUUUUUUUUUUUUCCCUGCAUUGAGAUGCUUAAAUAUGUUCACAUGCCUCCUUCAUUGGGCGCGAAAGCACUGAAGCUGCAGAGCACCUUUCCAUCUCGGACCACCCCUGUGUGGCUUGAGAUUCACAUGAGCAUUAACGUUUAAGCGAUGCUUGUUGUCUGAUAUGAAGUACAACCGAAUGCCUCUUGUUGGUUUUUUUUUUUUUUUGUGGUGUCCAAAACUGCCAUAACAGUAUACUCAGGCUGCACAGGUGUGGUGUUGAGUUCAGUAAACACGCUUCACUAAUAGUCCUCACUUAUCCGGGCAAGGCCACUCGCACCACUAGCACUCGCGCACUAGCGCCCAAACGCAACUGCAACACACGCACACGCUGUCUGUGUUUAUGGCAGUAAUGUGUGUCAGGAUGUGCAGUGUUCCUCAGCUAGCAUUUCGGUCUCACUGUGGCACUGCAGUACUUUUACUUUCUUUAUCUUACUCGGCAAACGGGUUGAGAAAAGAAACCAUGGCGGCGGAUGAGGAUGAGGAAGGGGGGCGUGCAUUCUUCGUUUUUGAUGUUAUGAGCUGAAUAGUCCUGUGAAACUGAGCCAUACAGCACUGUACCCCCUGCUACUUUAGGUACGCUGAACUGUUUGAGUCAGAACAAUCCGAUCCCAACCUGUAUGGUGUUGAUUUUGCUUUCUGCCGAUUGCCCGGGAUUUCUAAUUCCGCCUGAUGGUUAAAUGAUGGUCAUAAAAUGGUGGAGUGAAUCGUGAUUGAGAGUUUCUUCAUGGUACGUUCAGCACAGGAGUUCUCAAAAAUAUGACGGAGACCCGAUUCGAAAUCAGUAAUGUGUAACAAUAAAUGCUCUCUUCCACCAAUAUGAAGUACAAACAUAUUGUGAGAUCAAUGCAGUUUGCUGUAAUCGGUGUGGCUCAGUGAGGCUCACAUCACCUGACCGAGUGUGGAUGCACUGUAGUCUUGUAUUACAUUAGGGAAUGGAGUUUAAUUCAAACGGUCUUAUUUAUUUUUUUCUGAUUUGUCCUACUUAUAACAAGCGCUGUCCAGGCUUCUAUACUGGACACCUAUAAAUGCACCUAAAAUGGCUUUAGAAUGUAAACCAAGCAAUGCAAAGACUUAUUGUUUUGUUUUUGUUUAAGUUUUUGUUCAUGUUCUGGUGAAGACAACAUGCAGGAGCCUAUUCACAUCUUCAGAGCAUUGCUUCUUUUUUUUUUUUUUUCUUUUGUGGUGAAGUGCUGCAUAACCAGGUUCCCUCAGCAGCAACUACAACACCAUUGCAGAAUAGAAAUAACAUGGCAUAGCACCGAGUAGCCCUAGCUAGUGUGCUUACGUUCCCUACGUAGCCAGUACACAUCUCCAUUCUGGCUCUUAUCUCUCAUUGGUUUAUUUAUGUUGGAUCAGCAGGUGUACAUUGAGACAUUGAGAUUGGGAAUCUUAUUAGAGCAGGUUUUCAGGCUUUGCUUCAUGCUAAGACGAGCUCCGUGCAUUUUUGAGUCCCGUAGAUGCUCCUACUCCAGCGGUUGCGUCCAUCGGCGAGCAGCGUACAGCGCGCCCAUAAAGAGCCGAGUAAGAGGCGGAUAUUUGAGUUAUGAUCCUAAUGUGCAGUUUGGUGUGAUGUGUGAGCAAUUCAGAUGUCGGUACGCAUGAAUAAUGCCUGUUGUGGAAGCCGAGGAUCUGUGGAUGAAUGUGCUGGGGAUGACGGACGUUAGAGAAGCAUAAUGUUACCGGAAGAAUCCGAGGUGGUCAGACCAAAUCUAAGUGUUUUUGUGUUUCGAGUGUACGGUACAUUCCUUGGUCCGUAAUGGUGUUUGCUAAUAGAGUUUCCUGUCUGUGUUUUUUUUUUUAUUUUUAUUUUUUUAUUUCAAGACAUGGUAGUAUUAGAUUUUUCCGGUGAGCUUGCAGACCUGAUGUGUCGUCAUAAGUGCAUGAAAAGUUUCAGUUGUGAAACUUUCUCCGAUGCAUCAGGUAAUAUAGAACAUGAGGUGCAGCAAGUAGCAUUGCCAUGUCACAGCUCCAGGGUUCUGGGUUACUCUCUGUGCUGAGUUCCGUGAGCUCCUCCGGGUUCCUCGGAGUUCUCUGGUUUCUUCCCCUGUCCUUUAACCAUGCCAGUACAUGGAUAGACGACUCUAAAUUGCUCCUGAAUGAGUGUGUGAAUGCGUUUGCACACGGUUCCAUCCAGGGUGUGUUUUCCAGACACGGGCAUGGUUUGACGGAGACCCUGACCAGGUGUCUUAAGUGGUGUUUUAAGUGUAGAGAGAAGUGAAUGGGGGUUUGAGUGGAUGCACUGUUUAUGGUCUGGUACGAUGCUAAUGAUUAUGAGGAUGAUGUAUGAGGAAGAGGAAGUUGCUGUGUUGGUCUCGACUCUGUCGCGCCUCUGUGUUAGAAGACUAGGACAUGUCGACGCAGGUUUACUAUAAAUGUGUGUGGAUUCUAGAUCCGUGUGUAUGAGUUUGGACGGAUCGGUAUAGAGAUGUCACAUUCCUUUGAUGGUUAGAGAAAGGCCAUAGGAAACGAAAUGUACAGAAACUGACAUAAUGACUGCACUGAUAAUGAACAUGAACUAGUUGCCUUGUUUCUUCCCAGUUGCAGUUAAUGUUGAGGGAGCGUUCCUACUCUCGGUUUACUGUGAUGAUAAACUCGUGUCGAUGAAACGCUGACAGGACCGUGCUACUGCAAAUCACAAGAGCUUGUGUCUUCCAGCAUUCUGCUUGAUUUCCCUUUACUUCCCCCUGAUAAAACUACCUACAGUAAUAUGAGGUAGGCUCAUGCUGUUGUUCACAUUUACUUUAAAUUACUUCUUCAACUUGAAAAUUGUUCGUUUUUUUUUUGGUCUGACAUCAGUGUUGUUUUUUUUCCCUUGUUAGGUACAUUGUUAAAGUUCUAAGUAAUAUCAAAUCUGAAAAUUUAAAUUAAGCUUGCUUUCUUUAUUUUUUGUUAUUUGUACGAUACAGCUGUUUUUCAGUGUUGAGUCGGAUCGCUUAUGUUUUGAAUGAAUUUGUGACACUGUUUGUUGCUGAAUGCGCACCUGUGUAGAGACUUUCUGUAUGCAGACAGAGAGAUUGAUCGAUCGCAUGUAAGGGACCUGAGUGAUGAUCCGGUUAAAACUCCACUCUGUUGAAAAGGGCCUUUGGCACUGCAGGCCAAAAAACACCAUAGUCGCAAAACUUGGCUUUAAAUUCUAGCACUUUCAUGUCCAUUUCUCUUUUUCUAUAGUUCAGCUAAAAAUGAAAUAAAGGUCCCUGCUUUAACAAGAAAAGAAAAGAAAAAAUGGACUUGAAAGCACACAUUCCCUUCACACACUUUUUGUUGAUUUUUUAUUAUUAUUAAAAGAGUAAUGUAAUUUUGCUUUGUAAAGCGUUACGCUGUGAAUGUGGUGAGACACUGCCAGGAGUUUUGCUUUGGUGACAUUCAGACAGGCCGACUUUUCCAGCUCUCCCUCCUGCUGAGCGUUUCCUGGAGCUUUGUGGGAAAAGUCGGACUUGCCCAGUGACACCGCCUCAACAGUUACUGUCCAUGCUCGACUCUCCAGCGUUUAGAGGCACGAGGAGCCGUGCUCAAACACAGAAACCCAGUAUAAAAUGUCUCACUGGUCUUUUGAUUCCUAGGCUGCUGGUGUUGGAAUGAACCUCCAGCACAGGUACAACGGCCUGCUCCCUCCCUGGAGAGGGAAAGACUGCGUAGUGAACUAGUGUGAGCUGAUGGGUUCCAUCCUUACUUACUGCAGGGUCUCGACGAAAUAUUUUACACCUCAACGUACACACUUUGCUGCUACUGUUUGUAUCGUCUACAACAUGAUUUCUUGUUCCUCUUGCUCCUGGUCGUGUAUUAUGAACAAGCAUGAAUUGUAAAGUAUUUAUUUAAAAACAAAAAAGAGCAAAAAAAAAAAAAAAAAACCCAACAAUAAAGAAAUAACUUGUAAUUGAUUUUACGGCCAUGUAGCUUUAGAGUUUGUGACACUUCUUGCCCUUGCUAGCUCUGUCAUUAGAUCCAUGUUAAGAUCUAGACAUGUGGUUAAGAUUUUUUUUUUUUCUUUUAUGCAGAAGGGACUCGAUCCAAAAAACAAACAAACACAGAAGCAAACGAAAGAGAAACUGUAUUACUGGUUGUGAUAUUUAAUGACUAAAAGAGAAUGCUUAUUUCAUGACUAUAUGGCCCACGAGGAUGUGAAAACGCUGAUCUAUGAGAAACCUUUUUUGUACACUGAACAUCCUUAGUAUUUUUACAUGUAAAUGUAUAUGAUAGGGAUGCACAUUAUUUUCCUUCUUACAGACUGCUUAAAUAAAACACUAUGUCAAUCUGCGCUCA